GCGCCGCAAGUCCCUGGCGUGUGCACCAUGGGCAAGGCCAGGCCGGCCGGGACGCGGAGGCAAGCCCCCAGGGCGCCGGCGAAGAUCAACCCUAACCCGUUCGAGGUGAAAGUCAACAGGCAGAAGUUCCAGAUCCUGGGGAGGAAGACGCGCCACGACGUGGGGCUGCCCGGCGUGUCGCGCGCGCGGGCCAUCAGAAAGCGCACCCAGACGUUACUGAAGGAGUACAAGGAAAGGGAUAAGUCCAAUGUAUUUAAAGACAAGCGCCUUGGGGAGUACAGCAGCGACAUGAGCCCGGAGGAGAAGAUGAUGAAGAGGUUCGCAUUGGAGCAACAGCGACAUCACGAGAAAAAAAGCAUCUACAACCUGAAUGAAGAUGAAGAGUUGACGCACUAUGGCCAGUCUCUGGCGGACAUUGAGAAGCACAACGACAUCGUGGACAGCGACAGUGACACUGAAGAGCGAGGAGCCUUGUCUGCUGAGCUGACCGCUGCCCACUUUGGAGGCGGCGGCGGGAUCCUUCAGAAGAAGACAGCCCCACAGGAAGAAGGGGACAAGCCAAAGUCACGAAAGGAGCUGAUCGAAGAGCUCAUUGCAAAGUCCAAGCAAGAGAAGAGGGAGAGACAGGCUCAACGGGAAGAUGCUCUCGAGCUCACAGAGAAGCUGGACCAGGACUGGAAAGAAAUCCAGACUCUUCUGUCACACAAAACUCCCAAGGCUGAGAACAGAGAGAAGGAGAAGCCCAAGCCUGAUGCGUAUGAUAUGGUGGUUCGAGAGCUUGGCUUCGAGAUGAAGGCGAAGCCCUCGAACAGGAUGAAGACGGAAGCGGAACUGGCAAAGGAGGAGCAGGAGCGGCUCAGGAAGCUGGAGGCUGAGAGACUCCGAAGGAUGCUUGGGAAGGACGGAGAAGAAAAGGAACCGAAGCACGUGUCAGCGGAUGACCUGCACGACGGCUUCAUACUGGACAGAGACGACAGGCGUUUGCUUUCUUACAAAGAUGGAAAGAUGAAUGUCGAGGGCGAUGUCGGGGAGGAGCAAAGCGAGGAAACUGGCAGCCAGGAGAACCAGGAGGAGGAGCGGGGUGAAGAUGACGAGGAGGAAGAGGACGGAGAGGAGAGUGGCGAGGAAGAGGGCGGAGAGGAGAGCGCCGGCCCAGAUAGCCGCUCAGACCUGGACUCGAGUGCAGAGAGUGCAGAGGAGGGUGACGAGCCAGAGCAGGAGCAGCAUCAGGCUCCUUGUGGGAGCCCCACGGGUGACAACCAGAAAACUCACAGAGCUGGCAGCCAGGAGCUGCCCUACGUCUUCACAGUGCCCGAGUCCUACGAGGAGCUGAGAUCAUUGCUGUCGGGAAGAUCAGUGGACGAGCAGCUCCUGGUGGUGGAGAGAAUUCAGAAAUGCAACCAUCCGAGCCUCGCUGUGGGAAACAAAGCAAAACUGGAGAAGCUGUUUGGCUUCCUUUUGGAGUACGUUGGAGAUCGGGCCACAAGUGAUCCACCAGACCUCAAAGUAAUUGACAAGUUAGUUGCGCAGCUGUAUAAUCUCUGCCAGAUGUUCCCCAAGUCGGCGAGCGGCUCCGUGAAGUUUGUCCUCCGAGAUGCCAUGCACGAGAUGGAAGAGAUGAUCGAGACCAAGGGCCGGGCCGCGUUCCCGGGGCUGGACGUGCUCAUUUAUUUGAAAAUUGCCGGGCUGUUGUUUCCGACCUCUGACUUCUGGCAUCCCGUCGUGACCCCUGCCCUGGUGUGCAUGAGCCAGAUCCUCACCAAGUGCCCGGUGCUGUCCCUACAUGAUGUGGUGAAAGGCCUGUUCGUGUGCUGCCUCUUCCUGGACUACGUGUCUCUGUCUCGGAGGUUCAUCCCUGAGCUAGUUAAUUUCCUGCUUGGGAUUCUUUACAUUGCAGCCCCAAACAAGCAAAGCCGUGGUUCCACUCUGGUGCACCCUUUCAGAGCAUUUGGGAAGAACUCCGAAUUGCUCUUGGUCUCUGACAAGGAUGACGUGGCCACGUGGCAGAGGGGAAGCCUCCCCCUGCACUGGGCGAGCGGGCGGAACAUCCCAACCACAGCUGAGGCCAACCACAUCAGACUGUCCUGCCUGGCCGUAGCGCUGGCACUGCUGAAGCGCUGUGUGGUCAUGUAUGGCACGCUGCCGUCCUUUCAUGCCAUCGUCAGGCCGCUCCAAGCCCUCCUGGCAGAGCACCAGGCAGAGCGCAGCCACCCCCCUGAGCUGCAGGAGCUGUCUCAGAGCAUACUGACGGAUGUGGAAAACCAGAAGCAGCUCUACCGGCCGCUGAUCUGUGAGAAGAGCAAGCCCGUCCCCCUGAAGCUGUUCACCCCCCGGCUGGUGAAAGUCCUUGAGUUCGGAAGGAAACAAGGCAGCACCAAGGAAGAGCAGGAGAGGAAGCGGCUGAUCCACAAACACAAGCGCGAGUUCAAAGGUGCUGUCCGGGAGAUCCGAAAGGACAACCAGUUCCUGGCCAGGAUGCAGCUCUCUGAGAUCAUGGAACGGGAUGCGGAGAGAAAGCGGAAAGUAAAGCAGCUUUUUAACAGCCUGGCUACGCAGGAAGGUGAAUGGAAGGCUCUGAAGAGGAAAAAGUUCAAAAAGUAAAUAAACGCUGUGUACAUGAGGCCAGGCUGUAUUGUGUGAUGAAGUAUGAAGGGGCCAUGACUCAGCGGGAGCUUUUCUUGUGCUUGAGUUCCUGUGCACCUCUCUCCUGAUGCGUCUGGUGUGGGAACAGCUGAAGCUGGAGAUAAGCACAUGGGGGCUGGAGCAAGGCCUGCCAGGAGAACAAAGAGCGCCUGAGGCGAGCCACAUGAACAAGCUGCUCCGGCCCAGAGAACACCAGGCACCAGAGACAAGCCAAGCGGGCAGGUUGCUAGGCAGAGGGGAGUCAUGUGACAUCGCCCUGCCAAGUGUCUCAAUAAACGCACUGCAGCUGUUGA